CACUUUAUGUGGAAGGUCUGAAUAAAGGAGCGGCCAACGGGGGGAUGGCUCAGUUCCAGGAAAUGAUGCGGCAGCAGCUGGAGAGCUCGAUGAACGCAGAGCUGGAGAAACUGCUGGACAGCACCAAGGGCUCAGAUAGAGAGGUGUCCAGGAAAGACUUUGAGGGUUUCAGGAAUCUUUUCCAAAGAUUUCUGCAGGUGAAGGGACCUUCAAUAGAGUGGAUCAAGAUACAAAGACCUCCAGAAGACUCGAUCCUGCCCUACGAGAGGAUCUUGGGCCGCGGCCUGCCGGACAGCGUGGCCGACUGCCUGAACAAGCUGGUGGUGGUGAAGCUGAACGGAGGCCUGGGGACCAGCAUGGGCUGCAAGGGCCCCAAGAGCCUGAUCAGCGUCCGCAACGAGAACACCUUCCUGGACCUCACCGUGCAGCAGAUAGAGCACCUGAACAAGACCUACAACACAAACGUGCCGCUGGUCCUCAUGAACUCCUUCAACACGGACGAAGACACAAAGAAGAUCCUGCAGAAGUACACACACCACCGCGUCAAGAUACACACCUUCAACCAGAGCAGGUACCCUCGCAUCAACAAAGAGUCGCUCCUCCCGGUCUCCACCAGCCUCAGCAUGACGGGGCAGAGUGCAGAGGGCUGGUACCCCCCGGGGCACGGAGACAUCUACGCCAGCUUCUACAACUCGGGGCUAAUGGACCAGCUGAUCGCUCAGGGCAAGGAGUACAUCUUCGUGUCCAACAUCGACAACCUGGGCGCCACCGUGGACCUCCACAUCCUGCACCACCUGGUCAGCCAGCCCAACGGCAAGCGCUGCGAGUUCAUCAUGGAGGUGACGGACAAGACGCGCGCCGACGUCAAGGGUGGCACGCUGAUCCAGUACGAAGGGAAGCUGCGUCUGCUGGAGAUCGCCCAGGUGCCCAAAGCCCACGUGGACGAGUUCAAAUCGGUUUCAAAGUUCAAGAUCUUCAACACCAACAACCUGUGGAUCUCUCUGCCCGCCAUCAAGAGGCUGCAGGAGCAGAAGGCCAUGGACCUGGAGAUCAUCGUCAACCCCAAGACGCUGGACGGCGGGCAGAACGUGGUCCAGCUGGAGACGGCGGUCGGGGCGGCCAUUAAAUGUUUCGAUAACGCUCUGGGCAUCAACGUGCCGCGCAGCCGCUUCCUGCCGGUGAAGACGACCUCCGACCUGCUGCUGGUGAUGUCCAACCUGUACAGCCUGGACGCCGGCUCGCUCACCAUGAGCCCCCGCAGAGAGUUCCCCACCACGCCCCACGUGAAGCUGGGCAGCUCCUUCACCCAGGUCCAGGAGUAUGUGAGUCGCUUCGAGAGUAUCCCUGACAUGCUGGAGCUCGACCACCUGACCGUGUCCGGAGACGUCACCCUCGGGAAAAACGUUUCACUGAAGGGCACCGUCAUCAUCAUCGCUAACCACGGGGAUCGCAUUGAUAUUCCAGCCGGCUCCAUGCUGGAGAACAAAAUCGUUUCUGGAAACCUGCGCAUCAUGGACCACUGACGCCUUCUUCACACACUAAAACACCCUCAUCAUGUGACCUUGUCAGCUUUAUCCCAGUCAUGUGACCUGUUUCCUGACAGCGCGAGAGGAGGAUGAUUGAUUGCAUCUGCAGUGCUGCUUUUGAAGCCGGGAUACGGCGCCCUCUGCAGGCUGUUUACUAUAUCUUAUACACCUUAAAAAGUGUUAAUACCUUAAAGCUGUCAUUUUAAAUAAUGACCUGUAUCCAUGAUAGAUAGAACAACCAACAAUCUGAUUUUGACUGUUAGUUCCUGCCAAAAAGGACUAGCUCAAAAAAACAGAAACAAGUAGAUUUGUAUUGUCAUCUUUAUGUGCUCCUAUAGCACUGCUAAUGCAAUCACAUAGUGUUCUUACAUGAGGGGUGAAGUGAUGGAAGAGUUUAACCAUUUAUUUAAAUCGCAAAGACCUCCCUGUAGUGGCAAUUCAACAGCAAAUCACACUGCUGGAGUACAUUUUAGCGUCCAAAACACCGAAACAAAUCGACAUAAAUAAUACAAACUUACAUUUUUAUAUGUUUGAGGUUUGUUUGAGGUUUGACUGGUGCUGUUUUCAAUAUUUAAUCUUGUUGUCCCGUCUUCUUUCUAAUGUAUAACUGCAGCAUUUGGGGAAUUAUUGCCAGUAGUGGAUGAAAACACACAUUGAUUUGCAUUUCCUUUGUGAAAAUUGAGUUUGUUUAGUCUGUUGUCUCUUGUAGUAAAAAUGAACUGAAAGUAGGUUAGUAAAUCUGAGUGAAAUUGAUAAUUGUUUUCAGUGACAUCUGGAACAUAUUGCUAGUCAAAUUUAACAUUUUUAAUAUGAAUAUUUGAAUCAGAGCAGCUUCAGUUUUUACAUGACUGCAAUAAAUAAUUACUUUUACAACCAUCUAGAAUCAAGUCUUAAGUGACGUUUGUGCUGAAAAAUGAAUAGUUAACUUCCUUCCAGAGCAAAGUGUAAAUAAGACUUCUUCUGGAUAUUUUCCAGGUUAUUUUGACUGAAAAUCUCCCGAGGGUUUGUAAUUCAGAGAAACUAGCGUGUGUCUCUCCGCUGUAAUGAUCCAUAUCCAGGCACGACUCCAAUGCCAUGAAAUAAUAUGUAAUAACUGAUAUAUAACGUUAAAUUAAAGGUCUUUCUUUGUUAUGUCCCUGCGUGAUGUUGUAGACCAUGAGAAAUACCACAAUGUGUAUUAUUUUUGUUGUUGUUCCAGUUGCUCACAUUGUGAUGUGUGAAACCUCAUGCCUGCACUUCAGUGUCAAAUCUCACCUGUCACCUCUGUCCACCUUCAUGGAGCAUUAACCUUCACACAGCAAAGACAGGAGGUGCAACACACACACACACAUACACACACACAUACACACACACACACUCACGGUAGACAUGUUAAAAAUACAAAAUGUGAAGUGUGAGAAUACUUGAGAUGGGUCCACGGACCGAAAGCCUGAAAGCAAUAAGUGUUGAUCUGUGACGGAGGACUCAGUUCUGCCUCCUCAGAGCUGAAUAAAGUGCAAUAUGAAAUAAUGA